GGUAAGUUAACAUAUUUGUCUUUUUCCACACAAGUGGUAUACACAGUAUUGGUAGUCAAACGCCGCCGUAUUAAUGGCCUAAACCUCGGACAGAGGAAGAGAGUGAAGAGCAGCACACAGGAUGGUUUCUUCUUCUUCUUUAGAACAGAGAAGAACUUGAAAGAAGCAGAAAGAGUUGAAAUCCUUUUGGAGGCAAAGAAAACCCUCGCAGAACCCAAUAAAGCUUUUUCCAACUCACCCUUUUUGUCUUUUUCUUUUCCCCAAUUUUUUCUUCACUGACAAAUGUUCUCCAUUCACAACUUUACUCCAAACACCUUACCUGUCUUCAAAUGCCUAAAUACGUGACUCCGAUUCUUCCCCCAAUUCAUCAUCUUCUAAAUCCUAACGCCGUCGACGUCAUAGCUGCUGCUUCUGGUGUUCAAUGGCGAAGCACGGCGCUCCUUUAUCUUCUUCGGCUGCUAUGGGUGCGCUUUUCUUCCGGAUGCGGUGGAUGAUGGCGGUGGCCUUGUUCCUUUUCCUUUCCUUUGCUCUGAUCAUCCGGUCCAGUAUCGAUUACCCCUCUUCUCAACCCUGCCGUUGCCCUCCCGCCGCCGUUCCUGUCGAGAAGAAGUUCAUUUCUGCUUCACCGCCUCCCCGACGGCCGGUUCUUACUCGAGCUCCGUCUUCUGCUAGACCUCUUAGUUUCAUGAAGUCUAAGCUCGUGCUUCUCGUCUCCCAUGAGCUGUCUCUAUCAGGUGGGCCAUUGUUACUGAUGGAACUGGCAUUUCUGCUCCGAGAGGUUGGUGCUGAUGUUCGUUGGGCAACAAAUCAGAGACCAACCGGCUCAGAUAAUGUUGUAUACAGUUUGGAGCACAAAAUGAUGGAUAGAGGGGUACAGGUUAUGUCUGCCAAAGGUCAAGAAGUGGUAAAUACUGCUCUAAAAGCCGAUCUAGUUGUUCUGAACACUGCCGUUGCUGGAAAGUGGUUGGAUUCUGUUCUUAAGGAAAAAGUUCCUUUAGUUCUACCGAAAACUUUGUGGUGGAUCCAUGAAAUGCGGGGUCAUUAUUUCAGCUUAGAUUAUGUGAAGCACCUCCCUUUCGUUGCUGGUGCAAUGAUUGAUUCCCAUGUCACUACAGAAUAUUGGAAAAAUAGGACACAGGAACGACUAAGGAUCAAGAUGCCAAAAACUUAUGUUGUUCAUCUUGGGAAUAGCAAGGAGCUCAUGGAAGUUGCUGAGGAUAGUGUGGCAAGAAGGGUUUUGCGAGAGCAUGUUCGUGAAUCGCUCGGUGUUCAGAGUGAAGAUAUCCUCUUUGCAGUGAUAAACAGUGUUUCCCGUGGAAAAGGACAGGAUCUUUUUUUACAGUCUUUUCACGAGAGCCUAGUACACGUCAAGCGCCAGAAGCUACAAGUGCCACCUAUACAUGCUGCAAUUGUGGGGAGUGAUAUAAAUGCUCAGACCAAGUUCGAGUCUGAACUUAGAGCAUUUGUUGAAUCUAAACAAAUUCAGGGUUAUGUCCACUUUGUCAACAAGACUCUUGCUGUGGCUCCCUAUCUGGCUGCUAUUGAUGUUCUUGUUCAAAAUUCGCAGGGACGAGGUGAAUGUUUUGGGAGGAUAACAAUUGAAGCCAUGGCAUUUCAGUUACCUGUACUGGUAAUUUCUGCUUGUUCUUGGGAGUAGAUUUACGUGCACUUGUCCAUUAAUAUUCCCAUGCGACAUGUAUUUUGUCUAGAUGACUCGUGGUAUUAGUUGGUUCUUUCCUGUGGCAUGAAUUUUCAGGGAACAGCAGCAGGUGGCACCCAGGAAAUUGUGGUAAACGGUUCAACUGGCAUUCUACAUCCAGUGGGGAAAGCAGGGGUGGUACCUCUUGCGAGGAACUUGGUUAAACUUGCAACUCAUGUAGAAAGGCGAUUGACAAUGGGAAAGAAGGGUUACCAGAAAGUGAAAGAAAGGUUUUUGGAACGUCACAUGGAGCAAAGGAUCGCAUCAGUUCUCAAGGAUGUACUCCGAACAGUCAAAGCACGCCACAAAGCAAAGCGAGUUUAAUCCUUCGUGCUGCUGUGAGAAAUACAGAUAGUCCCAUAGUAAUCAUGUUGAAAAGCACCAUGUUCAGUAUGAACCUGAUCUUCUCAGGUUCUCUCUAAAAAGCCUUAUAUCCUUCAAAUAGAUGUUCCAAAAUAGGAUUCAUGAUUUAACAUCGGCCGUGCUAUGUCUUAAUGAUGGGCAUCUGAGUUGAUCAGUUAAGCAAAGCCUGCUUCUCUUAAGCUACUUGUCCUAAUUUGUCUUGGUUGGUGCAUGCAAAACUGAUAAAAGCAACCGAAGUUAAACCCCCAACGAAAUGGGAACUAAGUCAUUGUACAGAAACCAGAUAUAUUUGCAUUAGAAGUGAUCACCACACCAAAUUACAUAGCACAUUGAGGGGAUACCAACAGAUAUCCAUCCUCAUGCUCAAGGACGGACUCAACACGAACACACACAACUACACGAGAGUGCAUGAAAACCUGAGGCUCUCUUCGUGGUAGUUUUAUUACAAAGCAACUUCCUUAACAAGUAGGAGUAACAUCAAACACUUGGAUAGAAAAACAAGUAUAGAUUUAAGGUGAUUGAUCUAGUGGCCGCCGGGCAGCUUCUCCUUGAUCUUCUCCAUCAUUCCUUUCUUCUCGUGUUGCUCGCCUCCAACGCCAUAUCCCUGGCCAGUAGUUCCAGUGGUACCAUAACCUGUACCAGUGGUGCCACCAUAGCCUGCCUGCUGCUGGCCCUCCUUGUGACCACCUGGCAGCUUCUCCUUGAUCUUCUCCUUUAUCCCUUUCUUCCUCCUUCCGCCUUGCCCAUCAUCCUCAGACUGCAUUCAUUGAAAAUCAAAACUAAAUGAUUAGAAUCCGCAAUCAUUGAAACAGGGUGGUUAAUCAAGGGAAAGCGUGAAUUAGUACUUACUGAGCUGGAGCUGCCACUGCCUGAGCGAUGAAGCAUGCCACCAAGGCCACCGCCCUCCUUAUGGUGCUCUCCAGUUCCUAACCCAGUACCACCGGUUGGGCCGGUGGAACCAAACCCAGUGGCGCCGCCAGUACCUGUCUGGUAAGCACCGGUGGUGCCGGUAGCACCACCCUGAGAGCCAUAGGCUCCAGUGGUGCCAGUGGUUCCAUAUUCACCCAUGGUGCCUCCGUGGUGGACAGGGUUACCAUACUCGUCAGUCUG